AUGGCAAAGGAUGGAAGGCACAAAAAUAGAAGACCGUCAGUCCCAGUAGUGGAUUCAACCUCUAAUCCUAACAUCGAGUCCCUCAAGUGGUUACCAUGCAAACAAGAAGAACAGUUAGACAAAUUUAUCAGGAAGAAACUGAGCCAUCUUUAUGGCGAAGCUCUGUCUAGGCUUGUUUGCAAGGGAUAUGAUGAACAUGUCGCGUUAAAUGGGUUAUUGGAAAGGGGGUAUUGUAUCGGUGGUGAGGCUGACUGUUUGAGUAACGUUGUUCACAAUUCUUUGCAAUUUUUAACAGGAAAACACGAUGUUGAAUCGGAAGAACAAGAUCGACCUCAACCCUUCAAGAAUCUUGGAUUGUUAGUGGACUUUAAUCUGCACUUUUUGGUGUAUACUUUGCAAAAAUAUAGUCCCAAUUUGAAUAGAGUAUCUAUACUUCGAUGUAUUCUUAUGACUGAUUUGAAUUUGAAUCUAGCCAUUAUCAUGAAUAUGCCUUUUGACAUGCCUAGUGAUUUGAAUCUUGAUGAUGGUGGUGAUGAUGGAGAGAAAGACAUGUUCUUGGCUCUUGAAAGCAGAGAACUUCUUGAUACAUUGAACAUUCUUGAUGACUCUGUUUCUGAGGAUAUGAAGGAUGCGAUGAUUGCUGAUUUAAAAAAGCCUAUGGAUGAUCUUAAGCCGCAGCUUGAAAAAAGGAUAAGAUGGGCAAGCAAGAAGGUGGCAGAAGCGAGAAGAAAGCAACCCAACACGAUUACGAGUGUAGUGGAGGAGCUUCGGGUAUUUGAAUACUCCUUAGAAAGCAUGUUAGCGAAGAGAAGACAUGAAUUAUCAUCAGCAAACAAUGUAAUAAAUAAUGCGGAGGAAAGUAAAAAACGUCUUGAGAUGGAGAAGGAAGAGAUUAAAGCAGGGAUAUCGGCAUCAAAGCUAAUAGAAUCGGAGGCAAAGCAGAAAUGUUUGGAAGUUUCAAAGAAAAAGAACUGGGAGAGGCAGAAAGUGAAACUGCAGGAGGAGGUAGAAUUGGAGAAGAAAAAGAUAUUGAAAUCGGAACAAGAGCUGGUUGAGAUUGAUGCAGCUAUAAAGCAGGUUGUGGUGAAAUUGGAUGAGGCUAACAAGGCAAAGAAGGCGGCCAUUACACUAGUUUACUUGGAAAAUCAGGUGGCCUUAGAGAAGUGGAAUUGUUGGAAACCAAAGGUUGGUGCUCUGAAAAGUCAGACAAAUGGGGAGAGUCAUAUUGUUAGUGAACACUUGGAGAGGCUGAAGAAACUGCUUACAGAAGCCUUAUCAUUUGUCAAAUAUGAAUGA